UGUAGUAAAGUAACUUGUGAAAUCACGAGGGAGAAACUCGAUUCGAGUUGUCGCCGUUGUAAAUGUGUUGCCUGAGUUUAUUACGGAAGCCGUCUAAUUGUGAGGUUUAGUUUAAUCGUAGCUCUAAUAGCCAUCAUUUUCUCAGAAAUUUAUUCUGCAGGUCGACCUCGAUCGGUACCUUUUGCGAAAUGGAAAUAUCAGAACAUAAAGAGGCACCUUCUGUGAUUGACCGAUAUUACACACGUUGGUACAGAACAGAUCUGAAAGGAAACGCAUGUGAGGACCAUUGCGUUUUACAGCACUCGAACAGAAUUUGUGUGAUCACCCUUGCUGAGACACACCCUAUCCUUCAGGAUGGACGUUCAAUCAAAAGCAUCAACUAUCAGAUCAGUGCUGGCUGCAGCCGAUUGAAAAAUAAAGUGUCUGGAAAGUCAAAGCGAGGAGGCCAGUUUCUCACAGAAUAUGCCCCACUUUGUAGAAUCAUGUGCACAGACGGAGUUGAGUAUACCAUUUUCAGCUGCAUCAGAGGCCGGCUCGUAGAAGUGAAUGAAGACAUUCUGAAAAGGCCCGACCUCCUGCUGCAAAAGCCUUCCACAGAAGGCUACAUCGCCGUAAUCCUCCCGAAAUUCGAGGAGAGCAAAACCGUGACAGAGGGUCUGCUGAGCAGGGCGCAAUACGAAGAGGUCGUCUCUAAACGAGCCAAUCAGCAGCCAGAGCCAUGCUGAGGAGGGGAUAGUAGGGCCAAUGGCCAGCCAGUUUACUGGGGUACUUCUAACCCCUAUUAUGUGGGCGAAAGUAUAGAAAGAUGAUCACUGAGACCUUUGACGCCCUCACUGAAGAAGACCAGCAUAUUGGGGGUCCCAAGAGGUCAAAGUUGGGAAUGGAUCGAAGAUGCCAUGUACAGAAAGCUUGGGCAAUGACUAUCUCAGUUUAUUCUUUGUUAGCACACACUGAAAAAUACUGCACUGUGCCUUCAACCUUAAGUUAUGCAUUUCAAAUAGUGAGAUCUUAUUUCUUUUUUUUUUUGGUUGAUCAAAUUAAAAGCUUGUCAAUUUUACAUGGAUACUUGUCAAAUGUAUUUAAUGAGAAGAUGUUGCUUGUCCAGACCUUUUUUUCUUUACGAGUUCUUUAAAGUGUGCGAUGGAGGUCAUCAAAAAAGAUAAAAGCUUGUGCUUACUCAAAAUGGUUGUUACGUUCAGACUUACAUAUUCAUUCUCGGCUCAUCCAAGACAGGCAACAUUGUACAGCAGAAUAUUUAUUUUUUGUUGGUGAGAAUACAUAAAUAAAUGACAAUCAUCCAUACUUUAAGAAAAA